AUGCAAAAACUCAACACCUACGAGGCAACUCCUUGGGUGGCUGGAUAUCAAUGUUGCAUCGUCAUCUACACUUUCAUAAGCUUUGGACUUAUUUUGGUUUCAGUGUUCAAUCAAUCAAUACUCAUGGAUUCAGUAUGUUAAAAUCACAUAUAAUCAAGGCACCUCAAUUUUAUUCAGAUUGGGAUAAUAAAUUUGUAGAAGACCUAAACAUCAGAGAAUCCUGCCAAGAAGGCUAUGUUAACUUGUUAAAUUUCACAUGGCCUGGUACUGAACUUGGAUGUGAUUGUACAUAAUCUAAUGGAACAGGCGCAUACAAAUAUUCUAAGUAAAAAAAAAAUAACAAUAAAGCUAUUAUUAUAUGGAAUGCAGCGAGUUUAUGCUAGCUGAUAAUUGCCAAUCAGUUGAACCAAUCUAUGAAAAGCAAUUCUAGCAUUGGCCGAUUAAUGAUUAAUCUUCAGUUAAAGGUUGUAUCAUUUGAUCUAUCCCAAGCUUUCAAACUAUGUGCCAAACAAAGCACUGAAACUGCAAUAGAAGCAUUUUAAAUUGAGGAGGCCAGCGAAGGCUACAAAAAGUGUGGCAAUGUCUAUCAAGUUCCAUCUAAUGAAUCAUGUCCAAUAAGCGAUUUUUCUAUAACGACAGAUUCAACUGGAGAGGCAAUCGGAACUACUGGAUUGUAUCUGAAUAUUAAGAGAGUGUAAAAAGAAGAAGUGCCAUUGACUGCAUUUACAAUAGGAUUUAGUAAAUACCAUUUAAACUAUUACUAGAUUCAAUAUGUUUUUCAGUUUCAGAAAUUUAAUAGUUUCAGUAUUUAGAUAAGAUGAUCAAUUAUAAUUGCUAUGAUAAUGAUGAGAGAUAUGUACGAUUUACUAGUGAUAUGCCUUAUAGUGAUUUGCUAAUGGUAAAUGAAAUAAAAAACGAGUAUAAUCUAUUAUAUAAAAAUGCGAUUGUUGAAAGCAGAAGUAUUUUAUAAAAUAAUGUAGAUGUGAAUCUGUUUUACAAGUACCUCACUCAAUUUUAUUACAACUCAUCAUAAUUGUGUUAGGCAGAAGAUCUAGAUUAUAUUUACAAUUUGAAUGCAUACAUAAAAGACAAUGUAAUGGAUGUUUAAUUGGCUGCUUAAGUGAUUGUAGGAAUACAAGCAGGAGUGUUUGGAUUCUUAAUUCCAUUAAUGUCAGCAAUAUCUUUGGUUGGUUGCAGUUUUAAAUAUACCAAUUUGAACAGAAAAAGCUCACUUUAUAAGGACUUAUUUGGAUUCUGGUUGGGAGUCAAGAUGAUAGGUGAGACCCUGUGCACCAUCAUCUUGGCUGCCGAUAUGGGGUAUUAGUAAUAAAUGAUGAACCACUUCAAUGAUUUCAUAAAUGCUGAUUGUUCUGAUAAAUACUCUUUACAGGAAAUGAGUGAUUUCUAUAACGAAUACGAAAUCAAGGUUUACAAUUAUGUGCUUCUGAAUUUCAUCCUUUGCAUAAUCGCCAAUGUCUUUGAUAUCUAUGUCACUUAUCUGAUGUGCAGAGACAAACACAAGGAAGGGAUUUUUCUGAAGAAUAGCGAGACUUCUCACCUUAAAAACCUCAGUUCUACUCAUCCGGAUGAAUUGCUCAACAGAACCAAGGUAAGACCUUAAUCAGAAAUAAAAUAACAACAACGAGACAGUCUACAGAAACGACAAUUUGAAGAUGUCGAAAUACCAGGCGAUGACAUGCCCAAACCACAUAAACCUGAGAAUUGAACAUGAG